AUGUAUUCAGCUAGAUCCCAGCAAGACAUGACAGCCAUGGUAUCAGCUCUUUCUCAAGUUAUAGGCACUAGUCAUCCCAUUUAUGGAAACCCUAAUCUUGCUUUCUCUCAAUCCAUCACACCUGAUCACCAAAAUCAAUCUCAACAUCAUCAAGAGAGCCAGCCAAAGAAAAGACACUAUAGAGGAGUGAGGCAAAGACCAUGGGGGAAAUGGGCAGCUGAAAUUCGUGACCCGAAGAAAGCUGCUAGGGUUUGGCUCGGUACAUUCGAGACAGCCGAAGAUGCUGCACUUGCAUAUGAUGAAGCUGCGCUUCGGUUCAAAGGAAACAAGGCCAAACUCAACUUCCCUGAAAGAGUUCAGGGAAGGACUGAGUUUGGUAAUUACAUCACUACGCGUCAAGAUUUGCGCGUUAACAUGCCUCGUAGUACUCAACAUCCACCGGCACCUUCUCCUCGUCCUCCUCCACCUAGGGUUAUUCAUCAAGAACCGAGUUAUCCAAAUCUUCUUCAUUAUGCACAACUUCUUGGUAAUAACCCUUAUGAUGCUCUUAACUAUAAUGGGAAUUCUUUUACUAACAAUUCAAGCUUUUAUCAUGGGGGAAGCAUGCCACUAGCUACCCAACCCUUAUCUACUUCUUCAUCUUCAGCUUCAUCCUCAACAUCUCGACAGCAACAAGAAGAAGUGCGAGAUGAAGAGACUAUGAGAUAUUUGUCGCGAUUUGGAAACUCUUCUUCUAGUUAUAACCCUUCUCACCAAUGGGGUGAUGGUACUUUUGAUGGGAACCCGUGAAAACGAGUUCAAUGGAAGAAGAGAGUUUUGAAAGUACUCCUAAAUUGUGUUGCUCACGAAUUCUUCAAACAAGUUUGAUUUUUCUUUUAAGACAAAGUAUGAUAUAAUGUUCAAG